AGAGACCUUUCUGGAUACAGGGGCUAGGCCACACCCUUCUUGCUCUGAGAGGGUCCCCAUCAGCUCCCAAGACCCUGGUCAGCAGGAUUUAGCAGGAAAGGUUGGAAAUUUUCCAUAGAACCAGAAAGACACCAUCUAGCAUGGGGCUGGUGCCAAACUUUCCACCAAGACGCUGAUGGCAGUGUUGAUCCCCAGGCUGUGCCUGGCCUGCACAAGGAAUUAAGGGAGCUUACUGAGGUUGGAUGGCAAAUUGACCUCAUAAGGAGAAAACACGUAGAUAAUAGCUUGAAAGGCAAGUUCUGGAGCUAGAAUUCUAAUGAGAGGAGGUAAUGCCUGAGAGACUACAGGGAAGCUGCUAGACAGUCCCCAGCUCCACCCUUUAAAGGAAACCUGCCAAGUCCACCCAGGUUGGGAGGGGGGAACCAUGGUAGUUAGAGCUCUUCUUGCCCAAGGAGUUUAGAAAAGAGACUUGGGGUACAGAGGCCACAGGGACGUGGGAGAGCUCCAGAAGGGGCAUUUGUCUUUCUCCUCCCUCCUCCUCUUCCAUGGUGCUCUUCCUCGGCUGGCAGACAUGCACUGGGCAUAGGCUUAGGGGAUGCAAGUCAGUGAGGUUACAGAAAGUUGGUAAGAGGAUGGACUGGAGGCCUGAAGGAAGUGAAAGAUUUCAGGUUUAGGAGGAGUCCCCACGCCUGGAGUUGAGGACCAGAGACGCCGUCCAGUCGGAAGGAAGCCUCUUCCCAAGCCCUGAUGGUCUAGAUUCCUCCAGCCCUGUGCAGGAAACCAAAAGGAGCCCAGGCGGCGGCGGGGAGCAGCCACCAGCAGCCGGCCUGAAGGCCGAGGAGGGCUCAGAGCCUGCGGGCCCCAAGCCCAGGAGCGUGUUCCACAUCGAGUGGUCAUCUAUACGGAGGAGGAGCAAAGUGUUUGGGAAAGGCGAGCAGCAGGAGAGACAGCCCAAGGUGCCCCUUCCCUAUCAAUACCGGAAGCCCUCGGUGGAACUGCUUAAUCUGGGCCCCAUGGAGGACAGCUCUGAGAUAAAGGUGGAGACCGCCAGCUCCAGGACUUCCUGGAUCCAGAGUUCCGUGGCUGCUGGUGGGAAAAGGAUCAGCAGGGCCCUCGGCUACAUCACCGGGGAGAUGAAGGAGUGUGCAGAGGGGCUUAAAGACAAGUCCCCCGUGUUCCAGUUCCUCGACUGGGUUCUCCGAGGCACAUCUCAGGUGAUGUUUGUGAACAACCCCCUCAGUGGCAUCCUCAUUGUGAUCGGCCUCUUUGUCCAGAACCCAUGGUGGGCCAUCGCGGGAUGCCUGGGCACCGUCAUGUCCACCUUGACUGCCCUCAUCCUGAGCCAGGACAGGUCAGCCAUCGCCUCAGGACUCCACGGCUACAACGGCGUGCUGGUGGGGCUGCUGAUAGCCGUGUUCUCCGACAAGGGCGACUAUUACUGGUGGCUUCUGCUCCCCGUCAUCGUGAUGUCCAUGUCCUGCCCCAUCCUCUCCAGUGCUCUGGGCACCAUCUUCAGCAAGUGGGACCUCCCAGUCUUCACCCUGCCCUUCAACAUCGCUGUGACCCUGUACCUGGCAGCCACAGGCCACUACAACCUCUUCUUCCCCACAACACUGCUGCAGCCUGUAUCCUCCGUGCCCAACAUCACCUGGUCAGAGAUCCAGGUGCCCUUGCUCUUGAGAGCCAUCCCCGUUGGAAUCGGCCAAGUGUAUGGCUGUGAUAACCCCUGGACUGGAGGCAUUUUCCUCAUCGCUCUGUUCAUAUCUUCACCUCUUAUUUGCUUGCAUGCGGCAAUUGGAUCCACCAUGGGGAUGUUAGCAGCACUCACGAUUGCCACACCCUUUGACUCCAUCUACUUUGGCCUGUGUGGCUUCAACAGCACGCUGGCAUGCAUCGCUGUCGGAGGCAUGUUCUACGUCAUCACCUGGCAGACUCACCUCCUUGCUGUUGCCUGCGCCCUGUUUGCGGCCUACGUGGGUGCUGCCCUGACCAACGUAUUAUCUGUGUUUGGAUUACCAACCUGCACCUGGCCCUUCUGCAUCUCAGCACUCAUCUUCCUGCUCCUGACGACCAACAACCCUGCCAUCUACAAACUCCCGCUCAGCAAAGUCACCUACCCAGAAGCCAACCGCACCUACUACCUGACCCAGGAGAGAAACAGAAGGUCAUCAACCAUAACGAAGUAUCAAGCCUAUGAUGUCUCCUAAGUUACCCUUUCCAAAACACUGGAAAUUCAGCCUUCACGAGGCUGCCCGGGUCCCCAGGCCAAAAGCCACCCAACCUCCCCUCCUGACUAUUCUGUGAUUCUCCCCUACCCCUGCCAAUCAAGCCUCCACCACAGUUCUUCCCAAACACAGGGAAACAUGUGUGGUCACCAUUUAAGAAGCUCUCCCUUCUUAAAUGCACAACCCUUAUCAGAUAUGUUAGACUUUGUACCCAUAGCUGGGCCUAUAAGAGCUCCUGUUGUGAAGAACUUGCCCUCUUCUGCAAAAGAAGUGUCCUAUGUACAGGGAAGUCCCCAAGGAGAGGGCAGAGAUGGGUGAUAUGGUCACUGAGUAUAGCAAAGCCCAGUGCCAGGAAAUGUGCCUGGGCCUGGCAGGCCCGAGGGCUGGGUUCUGCUCCUGGCUCCACUAGGUCCUUUCCCACUCAGCCUUGAUUUCUGCCUGGCAGGGAUUUCUUCACGACAGGGAGGGUCUCCAAAGUCCCUUCGACUCUAGAACUGUUGAUUCUCUCUCCUAUAAACUGAUGAAAUCAGUGUUGACCAGUAAUUGCCUUAAGGAAAAGAUAGAAGGGUUACCCUGAGAAGAGGCAGAAAAAAAUGUUAAUGUUCCAUGCAGGGUUAUUCUUGGAUGAUGGGAAGAUACUCUUCAGAUUUGGGGUUAAGAACCUAAAUUCACUGACAACGCCAAUGUGCCUUCCUUUACAUAACACAAAGAUUGCUGGAAAUGUCCUUAGAAACUGAUUUUUUUCAGCAUUCAAAUCACAUUGUAAACAAAUGCCUUUCCUUUUGUUGUAUUCAUAAUCAUGCUGUCAUUAAAGUGUUUAAGGAUG